AAUUUCUUGCUUUUUUGUCUCUCCAGACAACUACCGUUAAAAUGCGUGCAUUUGCAAGUUUUUACUUAUUCGCUGGCCUGGUUGCCGCCCAAUUCAACUCCGCAACCCCCGAGACAGGACUGCGCUGUUGCGGCCAGGGCACGACAGAUCCUGGCGAAACCUGCAAAAAAAUGAAACUGGACGCUUUUUGCUGCAGCAAUUUCAAGGCGGACCGGCCAAAAGGAGGAAAGGGUUUCUUGGGUGGAUGUGAUCCGAUUGACAAUUUCAAAAUAGGACGCAAUGUUAUCGCGACUGCUAGUGGCGCCGGCGGAUGUAAAUCCAAUGGCCAGGAUGGAUUUGUUGGAUGUGCUUAAAUUCGCAUUUGAAGGGGCAUGGUCUUGAUAUAUAGAUACCCUAUGUGCAGGCGACCUGAUCUAUAUACUCUACACGCC